AUCAUCCCUUUAUUAAACAAUCAGGAUUACGCUUUCAUUCGAAGCCAGCAGUACGAAGUUCAUCCGUAAAAAAGGUUCCGACAGCUCAAUAUCGACCAUCAACAAAGAUAAGGAUGCCUAAUAAACCACUUUCAGCAUUGACUCUACAAGAUCGAAAUGCAGAGGUUCAAAUACAGGUCCACAGGAAAUGGGAGUUUCGAGGUGCCGUUGACAAUGGCCCUAUAUUACACAUCGACAUGAUCCUGACAGACUGCACAGGCAAUGCUAUCCAUUGUCAGAUUCCUUCGUUCCUAGCAGCUACAAGAGGCGAUGAAUUUCAAGUUGGCAAAAUAUACAAGAUGACCCGCUUUUCAGUAGCCCGUGCAAAAUCCACCUACAAGCCUGUUGAUGGUGAUCUCAUGUUGUAUGUCACACCAUACACAACCCUUGAACUUUGCCACACUUCACCAUCAGGUUUUCCCCUUUAUGUUUAUCAUCUAACAAGCUAUGACAAGAUUGAUCCAGAUGGAUCAAAUGCAAGAAACUUCCAUGACGUCCUUGGUAUUAUUACGGAAAUCUCUGCGAUUAAGCCUAUCGGAAAUGCACACAUACCCUCGUCUUACAAUCGACAUGUUCUGAUAAAAAACCUCAGCGACGACAUUCUGAAAAUUACUCUAUGGGGAAAACGUGCACAAGAAUUUUCGUUGACCAACACUUAUGACCCACAGAAACAAACUCCUAUCGUGGUCUUAUUUGUUGGUUGUUUACCAAAAGAAUAUCAAGGGGAAGUACUGUUAAGUGGUGGCGCAGCCUGUCAUUGGUACUUCAACCCAUCAAUUGAAGAAGCUGAAACUUUUUAUAGCAGGAUUGAAUCUGAAAAGAUAAACAUAGAAUUGCCCAGUCUUGACAAACAAGAAAUUACACCUCCAAGUUUUCCACAACGAGAACAUCACAACCUUAAAUACAUACUGUCUUUAAACCCACAUGAUGUACCGGAUCAAGGAUAUGAAUGCACGGUAACCAUUACAUGUAUUCCUGAAGGCAAGACUUGGUAUUAUAUUGCUUGCAACACUUGCCCAAACAAACCAAGCAUUGAUCCCGUCAUCCGUCAAUGCUCCACAUGUAGAUCAACAAAUUACUGCUUCAGAUACAAGCUCACUUUCAAGGCAUCAGAUGGAACUGAAGAAGCUGAAAUGUUUGCAUUCGACAAUGUUGCUAGGACAAUUAUUGGGAAACCAUGUCCAACAGUUGUUGCAUCCUUUCCUGAUGCAUCAGCUACCACCUGAAAUUGCAGCAAUAAUUUCACGGAAAUACACAUUCAUUAUAGAAUUCAACAGCCAGUCAUUCAGAUUUCUAGAAAAAACAUUGCUCAUCAAAGGAAUUGUAGCAUCAUAUGGAAGAAUGACAUCACUACCAAUAG